GCGGCGCAACAGCUUUAGUGAAGUUGAUUAACGGCACGCCAUUACCAUUGUGCGUGUGUGCGUGUUGGAGCGCUUCGUUGGGGCUCAACCUCUCACCCGUGAAUGUGGAGGCGAGGCACGGUCCGUGUAUCUUCGCCGCUGUCUUGAGGGAGAUAUAUUGGAGAAUUACUGCCCAAAAGUAAGGAUACCGACAGAAAAGUAUGAAAAGUGUAGCUCCAGGACACGGCACCGUUGCAGAGCAGGUCGCCGCCCUUCCGCCUCUCUCCCAACUCCUCGGGCUCGACAUCGCAGAGAGCAAAGGCAGCCCCAGGCCGACGGGCAAAUCUAACCGCGUGAACUCCAAGCGCGCAGCUGCUCCUCUUAACGUGGCCAAGACACCUGUUGAACGCAAGGAAGCAAAGCAAGAAGUGCUGUCUUUGCCGUGUGUCACAAACGCGCCGCCCAAAAAGAGUGUGUUGUCCCCUUCGCACUCGGAGAAGGAAUCCACAAAGGCGGCAUCACCACCUCCACCAUCCCCACAACGCUACCCUGGCGGCCUGCGCGAGUGGCGCCAUGUUCAGUCCACGCUCCAACUGCCGCUGGUCUACCGCGCUGAGGACAACAUAAAACUGACGCUGCGGCUGCUACGCUCUCUCCCCUUCUUCUCCUCGCUGCUCGACAACGACCUGCUCACGCUGGCUGAGACGAUGUCGGUGAUGGAGGUGGCGGCAGCCGGGUCGGUGCUGCUGCGCAAGGAAGCGAGCCUUCGGCCACCACCACUCCCGUCCCCCAACAACAGUUCGAGUCCCACCGCAGCAGCGGCCGCCGCUGAUCUUACGCCCGCUGCGGCUGCGAGGGCACCACCACCGAAACUUGACAGCUACGAUACCGAGGCCGGGAACGAUGAUAGGGCCACCGCUGCUCGCCCGAGCUGGGUCAUGCCGGCCGCAGAGCUCUUCCAACAUUUUCGAGGGCAAAUGGCAGAGGGGGACCCCCCGUCACUGCCGCCUGCGUGUUUGGAUGCGCAGACACCAAAGGCUACAACCGCAAGCAGCGGUGCCGCUUCCUUGGGCAGUCGCCCCAACGCUGGAAAGUGUUCCCCCAACGACACCGAGGCGUUAGAUCAACUGAAGGAACCUCUCUUCCACGUCCCGGAAGGGUGGUUGGAUGAGAGCGAAGGCGUCGACGGGGUGGAGGACUCCGCGGAGCCGUUUGUGAUUGUGCUGCUGAGCGGGCACUGCGAGCUGCGUUGGCCGCGGCAGCGCGGCCCCACCGAAGGAUCGGACACGCCUGAUUACUGCGCCUACAACGUACAGCCCGGUGAUGCCAUGGGCUACGCGCUAAUCUGGUCUGCGCUGCCCCCCGGUGCACGGUACGUGACGCUGGACACGUGCAUGUUGCUGCAUGUGAGUGUGGAGGGGCACUCGCACGAGAUUAAAGACCGGUUGUACCGUGCGUGCCGCCGUGCGAAUGAGGUGGUCUACCGAGCCCAGAAAACGUACCUGGCGGCGAAACUGCUGACGCCGCUCUUUGCCGCCGACCUCCCCACCGAGGAAGAGGGGGGCGACGACGCGGCCUCCGCAGCGACGUCGACGACGGCGGCGGUGACGGUUGGCAACAGGAGUGAGACGGACAACCGAAACGCCUCCAUGCGCUCCUCCAGCGUACGGAGCGGCAUCUUAAAACCGCCGACGCGCACCGCGACGUUGGAGGUGCUGCUCGACCUUGCGGCUCGCCAGCUCAUCCCCAUCCGGGUACCGAGCGAGACGGUGCUCCUGCGAGAAGGUCUCAGCCCGGCAACGGAGUGUGCGUUGUAUUUCGUGGUGGAGGGCAGCUGCGCCGUCGUGCGGCGGCUGUGGUCGCAGGAUCAGCUGCGUCUCGAGGCACGCAAGGCGCAGCUCGUGAAGGAGCUCACGCCGCCCAACGGCCUCCGCCCGGUGCUGCCCACAAUGCCGUCGACGACCUCGAUGGAGGUGGCGCAGCUGCGGCCGGGUGACUACUGUGGCGACCUCGCGUACCUCCGCGUUGAUCCCGACCACGCCACGUCGAUUGACGCGGCGUGGACGGCGGCCUACUGGCAGAGUACGUUUGUCCCCCCUUCCGCAGCGGCGGCGGAGGAGGAAGAGGAGUGUGGUCUGGCUUCAAGUCGGAGGGCGCACCGUCGCAACGUUGAGAGCGCGGGCGGUGCUGCUCGCGCGGAAAAAGCGGAGACAAAGUCGCUAUUUCGUCGACACAAGGCCACGGUCAUCACGCAACGCUCCGCACUGCUGUACGUGCUCUUGCCGACCGCGGCAGCGGAGGUGGUGCGUGGAACGGUGUUGGAGCGCAUGAAAGAGCACGCCUGUGCGUGCCGCAGCUACACGUCGAUGCUGACAGAGCACGAGAAGCUUUUCAAGUGGGCAAUUUACAAAGAAAAGGUGCUCUGGGAGCAGUCAAGGAAGGCAACCACCCCACUGCGCUAA